AUGCAGCAGCAUCAACCUAACCUAUUACCAAUCCCUGAUGUUGGGCGCGUGCCAUCAGCACCACCACGCUUUCCUGUUCGACCCUCACCUCCACCGCCAGCUCCAGAUUUCAUCAUUGUCGGUCUCUUCGCCCUACGGUUAGUAAAGGGAUUGAUUGAAGGUCUUGAUUAUUACCCAGGCCGCGAUGCAGACAUCAUCUGGCUUAUGAAUUUCCUAGCACCGUUCAGCGACGACUACGCACUGGCGAAGAUAUCAGGUCGUCAGAAAGACGACUACCUCCAGAUGUACCCAGCCGUCAUAUCACGGAUGAAGAAACAACCGCGAUAUCCCAUCAGGUUCAUGCAGAUGAAUCCAGAUCAGUCCAUGUACCAGUCACGACAGCGCGGCGUUGCAGAGCAGCCAGAGGAGAUGACGGAUGUUAAGAGACUAGAGAUUAUCGACUUUUGCGAUGCGGCCAGCGAAUGGGGCUCCAGCGUACCUAUACCAGCGUGCGAGGCGGAAAGAAUGAUCGAGUUAGCUGGUCAAAGGCGCAUCGCGGAUCUUAAGCGCUCACAAAAGCAUGAAGAGGAGCAACUGAGAAGUUCAGGGCAUCCGCGUUUCGAGUCUACGAGCUUUUCACUUGACGAACGUACGCGAUACAUGAACGACAGUUCACGGAGAGGCGACAAUUCCUCAGCGCAAGAGGAAGCAAGAACGAACAGGGAGGCUAGAAGGGACCGGCACGUAUCUUUUUCGGAUGAUCGACGGUAUUUUGAGGCAAGUUAUCUACUUCUAGAAUGA